UAGUCUGUCGCUAUCUGCAGCAGCACCACAACACAACGCCUCUGUGAUUAUUACUUAUUAUUAUUAAUAUACUAUGAGUACGGACCUAAUAUCUGAUCUGGACACGCGCUUCUUCGCUGAUAACCUCCUGACAAGCGAAGACUGGGAUGCCUGUCUGUACCAGUGUGAGAGCAUGGAGGAGGGAGAGGACGCCGACUUCAGCCGGGGGCCGAAAUACGAGCCGACGUUCGACAACGACCUCGUGCUCACCCUCGAUCCUGACAACCCCACGUCGCCGUGGCAACACCUCGACGACAACCUUCUCACAGGAGAAACUCCUGUGAUCAAAAGUGAAAUGACCAUCACUCAACCGUUACCUGUGGAAAUGUUGUUCAAGGUGAAAGCCGAGCCUCCUUCUCCUGCUUCCUCACUCGGGUCCGACUGCUCUUCUUUGGCACCAGACCCACAGAUCACGGUGAAAGGUGAAAACCCUCCGACUCCUCCGUACAUGUACGGAGACGUUCUGUCUCCUCCGCUGGGCUCCAUGGAGAUCACCGUGGCAACGUCAGCCGUACCCACCCGACAGACGCAGACGAGGUUACCGACGAUGACGCAGAUCCCGGCAGUCGUCGGUGGACGACCGACGCAGACCGCCGUUCUUCCGGCUCCGGUCACGCUGAAGACCUCCAUCCUGAGCACCAAGACCCCCAUCCAGCCCAGACCGGUCUGUGUCACCACCAUCCCCGUCACACAGACCUCCACACCGGCCAAGACCCUCAUCCUGCAGGGCCUCCCCUCCAUGGACCAGAGCAGACCUGUGGUCUUGUCUCAGUCGGUGUGUCUCGGUUCGUCUCCGACCAUAGUAAAGAUGGAGCCUGUAUCUCCCAGCAUUCCUCAGCACUGCUCCAGCCCCACGGCUCCGCCCACCAGCAAACCCAUCGUCCCGGCGACAACGGCAUUACCCGGCAACAACGACAUCGACAUGAAGGUGAUGAAGCGGCAGCAGCGGAUGAUAAAGAACCGGGAGUCGGCCUGCCAGUCGAGGAAGAAGAAGAAGGAGUACCUGCAGAACCUGGAGGCUCAGCUCAGAGAGGCGCAGCAGGAGAACGAACGCCUCCGCCGGGAGAACCAGGCGCUGAGGGAGAGACUGGCCGGGAAAGAGGGCAGCGACUCAGCAAGCAACAAGAGGGCCGUGUGUGUCAUGGCCGUCCUGCUGUUCAUGACCUUCAGCUUCGGACCCGUCAGCAUCUCUGACAGGAAGCUCUCGGGCCUCCAGGACGGCGUGGUGACGUACACGGGACGCCGGCUGCUGGAGAUCGAACAGCAACAACAACAAAAACAACAACAGCCUCCGAGCAGAGUGGAGGACAGAACGGAGACGGAGGAGGACGCAGGAGACGAGGCUGCAGAGUCUUAUCAGUUCAGGAACCUGAGCGACGUGUUCGGUGACAUGAAGGAUCUGGUUCUUCAGGACAUCGAUCGUUACUUCAGCUCUUCAGACUGCAGACAGUUCAACCGCUCAGAGUCUCUCAGACUAGCAGACGAGUUGAGAGGUUGGGUUCAACGACACCAGAUCGACAGGAAGAAGUCUGGAGGAAAACCCAAAGUCGCCAAGAAAGCCAAGAUCGCCCAGAAAGCUCAGCUGAGGAAGACGAACUUCUCCAGAUAUCUCCCGAUCCAGGCUCACCGCUCCAUAGAAAGUCAGCUGCAGGUGCUUCCUGGUCCUGAGGUCACUUACAGCGACUUCCUGGACGCCAUCGACCGCAGAGAGGACACGUUCUACGUCGUCUCCUUCAGACGGGAUCACCUGUUGCUGCCGGCCAUCAGCCACAACAAAACCAGCCGACCUAAGAUGUCUCUGGUGAUGCCGGCCAUGUCUGUGAACGAGAGCCUCUAUAACUCCUCUCAUGGCUACGAGAUGAUGAUGCAGGUCGACUGUGAGGUCAUGGACACCCGCAUCGUCCCCAUCAAGUCCUCCGCCGUCCCGCCGUCUCUCCGCGACCCGCCUCCGCCUCCCCCUCCUCCCCCCACCACCACCACGGGAACCACACCUCGCUGCGAGGGCGCCACCACCACCACCACUCAUCUCAGAGGCAACCUUUACCCGCCCGCCGACGGACAGACGAAUAUCUAAUCAGCCAAUCAGAAGGGGUCUGAGGGAAGGUUAAAGGUUUCACGUUGAGUCUUUAAAAAGCAUCUUCUUCAUCAUCGACAGGUAACACUCGCACAUCUCUGAUCUCUGGAAGAGAUUCCUGCAGUUUUUCUGGAAACCGGAAAAGUCGAGAGAAUCGUCCACAAAACGCCCGCAGGACGAUUUAAAUCACUAAUUCAAAAUGGCCGAUAGAAACUCGACUCUCUGUGGAAGAUAAUAUUCU